AUGACCACAUUGGCAACGGUGGUGGCUCCGACAACGGUGGUGGCUAGCUCCGGCGACGGCGGUUGCUCCGGCGACAAUGGAAGCUCCGGUGACAAUGGGAACCCCAACAAUGGGGUGGUGGCUCCGGUUGGUAACUCCGGCGGCGGUGGUGGUGGUGAUGAUGGCGGAGACGUCGGUGGUGGUGAUGACGGCGGCGGCGGUGGUGUGUGGUUAUGGUAG